AUGGAUGCUGGCGAACAUCGUCACUGGUAUUCAGAGCACUGGGGCGAGCUGGUAUCUAAGAAAGUAUUUUCUCUCUAUAAUUCUCUCUCUAAAAAGGGAAAGCCCCAAGGCCGGGAAACUACUGUUUUGGCAGCGUUUCUCCUGUCUUCUCCAUCUCAUGAAUUGCAAGUUGUAGCAAUGGGAACUGGAACCAAGUGUCUUGGGAGCUCACAUUUGAGUCGAAAUGGUGAUGUUGUGAAUGAUUCACAUGCAGAAGCUAUUGCACGAAGAUGUCUCGUGAGGCUGUUCUAUGCAGAGAUUGUGUGUCUCAAUGAAGCCUACAAGAGAAAAGAACGUCUCGGAUGUGAACAAUUGGGGAUUGAUGGGAACCUACACUUGCUGUUAGAACUAGUUGGUGAUGUGUCUGGUCAAACAAAAUAUAGAAUGAAGCCAGGCUACCGGUUACAUCUAUAUAUCUCUCAAUUGCCUUGUGGGGAUGCUUCCAGUUCCCCUUUGUUGCCAAGAAGGGAUUUGCUCCAACCAGCAGGGAUUUCACACUCUUGUUUCAAAGCUCGAAGUAACAGCAGUGAUAAUCAGGAAGUACAUCCAAAUCAGGGCCAUUGUAGAUCCCCUGACAGUAAUCAUAGCUACUAUGACAAUAACUGUGAAUCUUCAGGAAAAUCCUCUGCUGAAUUUUGGGAAAGCUUUUCUAAAACUGGACUCCAAACACCAUAUAGGGGAGUUGCUAAUAAAAGUGAUAAAGAAAUAACAGACAGAAUAGAUGGAGAGAUAGUUGGCAGACUUUUGCCUCGAGAUCGUAAUGGUGCCAUUUCUUCUACUAUGACUCCUGAAUAUUUGUUGAGGGGGUUGGAAAGUAGUAGGUCGCAUAGAACCGAUAAUUUGACAAAUGAUGUAGAUGGAGUUUUUGCCGUUCCUUCCCAUUCGCUGGUUGAUUUGCAUGGCCUGGGAAUGGUUAGAAGAAAACCUGGUCGUGGUGAAACAACUCUUUCUGUAAGCUGCUCAGACAAGAUUGCCCGCUGGAAUGUUCUUGGCCUUCAAGGAUCUUUACUCUCUCAUUUUAUUCAGCAUCCGAUAUAUAUAUCUUCAAUCACAAUUGGGCAACCAGCUUGCGAGAAUGCUGAAGGGUUGAAUCUAGAGAAUCACUUAGCAGAAUCUCUUUAUCGUCGUGUUCUUCCAAUAUCAAAGGAGUUGCAGAGUCCUUUCAAACUGAACAAUCUGAAGUUUUUUCAAGCUCCGGUUCCACCAAAGGAAUUUCUUCAAGUUCAAUGUUCCACUAGCAUACCUAUUUUAACAUGCGGAUAUUCUAUCUGCUGGAAUAGAUUGGACUUGCAUGAGGUCAUUCUUGGAACUACUGGAAGGAAGCAAGGGACCUCUGUGAAAGGGGCAUUAUCCCCAUCUACAGAGUCUUCUCUAUGCAAGAAACGGCUUUUGGAGGCUUUUGCUUCACUUGUACGUGCUUCUUCCACCAGAUUCAACGUGGAAAUGUUUUCUUACCUUGAGCUCAAGGGUGUGGCCAAAGAUUACAGAGCUGCUGUCAGAAUUUUUAAGAAGAGCCCAUGUUUCACAAACUGGUUUCAGAAGCCACCAGAUCUUGAGAUGUUCUUCUGUUCAUCUUGAUUGUGAAGGUACUGAAGUCAAAAAUAAUUAUACUGAUUUUCUGGCCUGAUUAAUCAUCUUGGUUUAAUUUUCUAAACUUUGAAUUUGUUAUUUCUACAUAGCUGUCUGGCCUGUGUCUCUUAACCUUCAGUUGCAACAAAACCAAUAUCGAUAGGAAAAUUCGCAUUUGGGGCU